AUGAGAGGGCUGUGGCGUCUAGUGGACUCUCGUGGAGUGGUGAUGAGGCAGGGAGUGUUUGUGGCAAUCGCCGGGGCAUGCGAGAGGGGUGGGGAGGGACGGCCUUGGGAGCGGAAGGAGGUAGGCGGGGGGAGUGAUCAGGGCAGCAGGUGCGAUGGGUGUGGAGGUGGUGGGGCGGUGGAGGUAGAGGACGAGGGGGGCGGAGAGAGGACGGAGGAUGGGUGGGGAGUAGGGGGAGGGAUGGGAGGGGUGCUUGGUGUUCGUGCUUGGGGAGAGGGAGAGAAGGCGGCGGCGGCGGUGAGUGAGGGGGAGGGGAGAGGGUGGGGUAGGGGAGGGGGGGCAAGAGGGGGCGGAGGAGGCGAGGGCGAGAGCGAGGAGUGGAGCGUGUGA